AAUCGGUGUAAUUUGGGCUAUUCCUACUCUACUCUCCACCUGUCACCCUCUUCGCCUCAGAGCCAGAAAAGCCACCAACAGCACGACGCCGUCGGUGUAAUCAAUCGCAUCGGAAAAUCGGUAUAACUAGGGUUUAUUCCAUACGUGAUGGAUGCGCCGGUCGCCUCCAGCGGUGGCGGGGGAACCAAUGGCAAUCUCGACGAACAAAUCGCGCAGCUAGUGCAAUGCAAACACUUGUCCGAACCUGAGCGAGGCUUGUAUAGGUUCUUCCAUGUUAAUGAGGUCCUUACCUGCGGUCUCCGCUGAUUUUACUAGGUAAGGGUGUUAUGUGGCAAGGCCAAGGAGAUCCUGAUGCAAGAGAGCAAUGUGCAGCCUGUUAAAAGCCCAGUUACUAUAUGUGGUGAUAUUCAUGGUCAGUUCCAUGAUCUUGCUGAGCUUUUCCGAAUUGGUGGGAAGUGUCCAGAUACAAAUUAUUUGUUUAUGGGAGAUUAUGUUGAUCGAGGAUAGUACUCUGUGGAAACAGUGUCGGUUGAACUUCAUAUUGCGGUCGACUAAAUUCGUGCCCACUGUUUGCUGGAACAGGUUGUUGCAAGAGAAAGGUAGUGGGAAUGCUAUAUUACUCCUAGUAUGUAAUACAACUUGUGUGUGUGAAAAUGGAGCUGUACAUAGCUUUGUGGGUUAACUGAUUAAUACCAGAGAUGGACAGAGGAUUAAAGAAUCCAUUUAGUUACACUGAUUUACUGUUAAAUACCAGAUAUUUGCAGAAACAUGGUGCUUCUAAUCUGAUUAAUGCAUUACUUGGUGGUUUAUCCAAAA